AUGCUUGUCCAUCUGAUCUCGUUGCUUGCUCCUCUCAUUGGCAUUGCCGCUGCUCAAUGCCCUGACUACCUCGACUAUGCCACGCUCAAACACCAGCCAUACUCGGAAGGCGUCCGCAAUCUCUCGUAUCAACGACCUGAUCCUGCAUGCCGCACCUUCGAUCUCCCACUGCUGGAAAACAAAAUCAUUCCACAUGUCAUGCAUGCCGUUCCCGACCCUGAUCUUUUCCGCCUGUUUCUCAAUGCCUAUCCCAACACUCUCGAUACCGCAGUAAGGUGGAAGGGGUACGCUGCCGACUCUGCUGACGAAGAGCUCACUUUUCUCGUGACCGGAGAUAUCGAUGCUAUGUGGUUGAGAGACAGCGCCAACCAGAUGCAGUCUUAUCUUCCUCUUCUGACCGCAAACUCUUCUGUUGACUCGCUCGCAUCACUGUUCCGCGGUGUCAUCAACCUACAGGCCCGCUACCUCCUCACGUCUCCCUACUGCAAUGCCUUCCAGCCUCCGGUCGAGAGUGGUAUCGCUCCUGCCCAGAACCCUUCGGCCAGCGAGGAUCAUGUUUUCCCAACUUACAACAACUCCUCAGUCUUCGAGUGCAAGUACGAGCUGGACUCUCUGGCCGCUUUUCUACAGAUCAGUUCCGACUACUACAACGCCACAGGAGAUGUUGCUUUCUUCGGCAAGUACCAUUGGGUCGAGGCCAUCAACCAUCUCUUCGAGAUUUUCGAGACUCUCUCGGCAGCUGCAACCUACGAGCCCGAUGGCCGCGUCCAGAAUUCAAGCUAUACAUUUACCAGGGUGAGCAACCGCGCAACCGAGACUCUUUCCAACGACGGCCUGGGCAAUCCCUAUAGAGGUGAGACCGGCUUGUUGCGCUCUGCUUUCAGACCUUCGGAUGAUGCAACCAUCUAUCAGUAUCUGAUUCCAGCCAAUAUGAUGCUAGCGCACUACCUCGAGGCGACCGCUCCCAUCAUGCUCGCACUCAAUGGUUCGACAUGUUCUGUCACUUCAGCGCAAAUGAUACAACUUGCUGCAACCAUCAGACGAGGAAUCGCAGAGUAUGGCAUUGUUACUAUUGGUGGCAAGCAAGUAUAUGCCUAUGAAGUCGAUGGUUAUGGCUCUGCGAACAUCAUGGAUGAUGCCAACAUCCCCUCGCUGCUGUCUGCACCCUUCCUGGGCUAUUUGGACGUCAACGACGAAGUUUACCAAAACACGCGCGCAUUGUUGCUAAGUGACCGCAACCCUUAUUUCAUGCGAGGUCCCGUGAUCAGUGCUGUAGGAGGUCCUCACAAUGGCCCGGGAUACGCCUGGCCUAUGGCUUCUAUCGUACGCAUUUUGACCAGCGACAACGAUACCGAGAUCACUGAGCAGCUUGGAAUGAUUCUCAACAGCACCGAUGGACUCGGUUUGAUUCAUGAGAGCAUCAACACCUUCAAUCAGACAGACUAUACCCGGCAGUGGUUCUCUUGGGCGAACGGACUCUUUGGUCAGAUGAUAUUGGAUUUGCAGGAUCGCAAGCCUCAAAUCCUAGCACAAAGCUUUCAAUAG